ACUCGAUUAAGGUAGAAACGAUCUUAUGAUACGUACUGGCAAGCUGAGACCAAAUCUCACCAACACUUUCACAAAUUGCAGACCCCUCGUACACAGCCUCAACCAACUACAGCUACUCGUGAGCGCUGGAAACACCAACAUGGCGGACAAGACUUCCGCGACUACCGAGAAAGAGACAGCGGCUCACAAGACACUUUACGACAAAGGACUGAAGACCCGAUAUGAAGUCGCAGGGACUUCUUACGUCGACGCAGCUUUGGCCGGCGGUUCGUCUGACUUUGCCCGGCCGAUGCAAGAACUCGUCACAGAGGCUUGCUGGGGUUCGGUCUGGGCUCGACCAGGCUUGGAGAGAAAACAACGAUCUCUCUUAAACAUUGCCAUGUUAUGCGCUCUGAACAGAGCCCCCGAGCUUGCAGCACAUGUCCGUGGGGCGCUGAACAAUGGGGCAAGUGAAGUGGAGAUUCGGGAGACACUACUGCAGGCGGCUAUUUACUGCGGAAUGCCAGCUGGUAUUGAAGGGUUUAAGGUUGCUGAAAAGGUCAUCAUUGCCUGGAACGAAGAGACAAAGAAGUAACUAGUGGUCAGUCGUAGGAUUGUGAGCACCUACGAAAUCCAGUUCUAAGCCGGAUUUGAGUAAAUGUUAUCAAGUCAAUAGCUGUGAUCACUUGUUAUUAUAUUAAACUGGC